AUGAAAGCGGACUUCGUUAUAGCCAAGCUGAACGCAACACCAGCUCACAAGAGAGGAAACAGAGACAAGAAGUCAAGAAGCCUCAGCGCUCCUCCACAACCGCCCCCCCCCCAACCCCACAGCCACCGAGGCGCCAGGUACACAAACACCGAGGCCCCGCCACCAUCACACGACCGCACAGUCUCUGCGAGCCACAGGCGGGAGGCGGAGGGCGAGCGCGGCCUCGAGCCCGCGGAGACGCCUAUCCCCAGAUUCGGCCCGUGCGACGCCGCCGCCGUCCCUCAGGAACCCACUCGCCCGCAGCUCGCGUCACCGCGGGGCGGAAACCCCCGUAAACUCUCCCAAAUAAGCAGUGAGAAGACGCCGCGCCGGGGUCUGGGCGGCCGAGGAGGGGACCUGGUGCGGGGGGGGCCGUGUCCUCAGCCCCAAACUUGCGGAUCCCGGGUCGCCGCCGGGAGAGUGCAAGCGCGGCCACGAGCGCCCACGGAGGCGCCCCUCCCCCACCCCGCGACCCCCGAGGCCCGCCGGCGGCCACCUCACUCCGCUCUCGCGGCCGCGGCCGCGCCCGCACUCCCGCAGCCCGCCGGCCGCCCGCCAACGCGCCUGGGACAUCAGCGGAGCCGCCGGCAGCCGGAGGCCCCGAAGCAGCAGCGGCGACGGCGGCCGCGCCGCGGGGCGCUCGUCCCGGGUAGGUGGGAGGCUUCGGAGGCCUCCCUCACCCAUCUCCGCCUCCCGGCGCCUCCGCCUCCGCCUCCGGAGGCUGCGCCUCUCCCAGCCACCCCGACUGUCGGCGGCCCUGGGCUGGAGACACGGCGGGGACAAGCCUCACCCGGUUCUGGCUGCGGCUCCGCGGAACAAACUUCCCCGCCCCCGGCCCACCCCCCUUCGGCAAAACGCGCAACUCCGCUCGGUCCAGUCCCGGCUUUAACGCUGGUGAGGAGGCGGAGGCGGCGGCCGCGGCGGCGCGGCCCGACCUGGCAGGCCCCGCCUCCUGCGCCCUCACUGGCGGCCGGGGAGGGCGGGCUGGGCACCUCGGGCACGCCCAUUGGCUGCGUCCACCUUCCUUCAGGACCCCCUUGA